UAAACGAAUUGACGGUUAAACGUCGCGGAGUGGAUUUUGCCUGUUUUGAUGAAAUCCCGGUCUAAACGUGAUAGAUUGUCACAAGUUUUCGGUCUCAUCUUCACGUACAUACCAAUGAUCGCGCAUAACCAGCAACAAAUUCACACCAAUCGCUGUACAUUCGUAGUUUGAAGAGAUGGAGGAUACUCUGGCAUCGAUCAGACCUCCGAACGAUGAUUCGAUGGACGCUCGACUUUCUUUUUUGGAUGGUCGCGAUCCUAGCAUCGUGGCUUAUGGGCAAGUCAGGAUUCCGGCAGCUGAUACUAAAAAGAAUUUAGAGUCUCUUUUCGAGGAUGAAGAGCUUGAAUCGCGGAUACUUUCAUCCUCUGCCCCGUCAUUGUCUGUCUUGGGCGAUACGGUCAAAGUCUACCUGAGACUUAGGCCGUUUCCUGUUAAAAUGCGACCGACUAAACAACAGCAGGAAGCUUAUGAAAUAAUAAAUUCCACUACGUUGCUAACAAGACUACCAAGAUUGGAUUCGAACACCAGUUCACUCAAAAGAUCCAAGGAAAGUGAAACGGUAUUGAGAAAAUUCACGUUCACGCAAACUUUUGGACCGGAAAUAACUCAGCUCCAGCUUUUUGAUAUGGGUAUUAAACAACAGAUGAAUGAAUUUUUGGCUGGGCGAAACUCCACAGUCAUGAGCUACGGUACAACAAAUGCGGGUAAAUCCUUUACACUUCAAGGAACAACAGUUUCUCCUGGUAUAAUACCUCGAGCGUUGGAGUUUGUGUUUAAUCAAAUUAACCCCAGAAGUACGCCUUAUUAUAAACCAGUGUACAAUACCGACGUAGUGAGUCUUGAUGCGAACGAGAGAGCACAAGAAAUGGAGUUGAAAACAAAGCUUCUUUCUUUUGGUUCGAUUGAUAAAAAUCAAUACAUUCAGGCCUAUAGAGCAAUGCAACAGCAAUUACAGGAUGAGUCUCCUUUGAAGCCGAACGAAACAAGCGAUGCCAAUUAUGCGAUCUGGGUUUCGUUUGCUGAAAUUUAUAACGAAACAAUUUUUGACUUAUUGUCAAACGACUGUCAGAAAAAACGACCGCCUUUAAAACUCGCAACGGAUAGUAGUGGAAAAGCUUUCAUCAAGGGGCUCAAGACCGUGUGUGUCAAUUCAGCUUCAGAAGCCUAUCAGCUACUAAUGGCUGGACAAUAUAAUUUGAAAGUUGCUGCUACUGCGCUGAAUACUAGAAGUUCUAGGUCUCAUUGUGUUUUCACUAUUAAGGUGCUCAAGUAUCAUAAGGAAAAUUCUCCAGCAGAUGUGGAGGUCAGCUCUUUUUCUUUCUGCGAUCUCGCGGGUUCGGAGCGUUUGAAGAAGACGCUAAACGAGGGAGAACGCUUGAAAGAAGCGCAAAAUAUAAACACUAGUUUACUUGUUCUUGGCAGAUGUUUGAAAUCCAUAUUUGAAGUUCAGACAUCAAAGUCCAAACAGGACAUAAUUGGACCCUUCAGAGAGUCUAAGCUGACUCGGUUGUUUCAAAGUGCAUUGUCCGGUAAAGAGCACAUUGCACUUAUAGUCAAUGUUAAUCCAGUGCCAAAUUUGUACGUUGAAACUCAGAACGUUUUGAACUUCUCUGCCAUCGCUAAGCAAAUAGUCAUCGAACCUGUUAUUCGGGUAAAACGAAGGGUCUCCACGUCCAGAUUCUCUCAAAUGGUGUCACAGAGCAUCAAAACUGUUACGGACUGGGACGUUACGGAAUUGGAAAGCAUUGUUGUAGAUGAGGACCAGUCUUCAGCAAUUUCAGAGAAAGCAGAAUACGUUCAUGCUGAGGACUAUGAAGAAAUGGUGAUUGAAAAUGAAAAAUUAAAACAAGAAAUAGUAAAGCUAAAAAAUUCUGCUUUGGAUGCAGACUUUGCAAUUCGCCAAGAGAUGUCCAACAUCUAUUCGGAUAUGAUAAAAGACAUCGAAAGAAACUUCAAAAAUCAGUUGCAAGACGUUGAAGAACGACAAGAAGAUAUGCUCGAAUGGUCUGUUCAACAAGUUGAAAGUUAUUAUAAGAAAAAAUUGGAAAAGUUAUCUAGUAGAAAAAGAACCCGAGUUGAGAGUGAGGACGAUACAGACGAAGAAAUAGAUGUAAAAGAAUUAGAAGACGAAAAUGUUCAGCUUAAGGCGAAGGUUCAAUCUCUGAAAACAACCAUUAAAGAUCUUCGCGAAUCUAAAGACAAACUGUUUGCUCAAAAUAACGAAAAUGCUUUCGAACUUUCCCUUGCCAAAAAGGAUUUAGAAAAUUGCAAAAACUUACUGUACGCCGCGCAAAAUAACAUAGGCUGCGAUGAUAAAGCUAAAGGUGUCAUCGAAGAACUGAAGAAACAGCUAUCGGCUCGUGAGGACCAAAUUAAGUCCCUGAAAGAGUAUUUGAACGAAGCAAAAGUUGAAUGGCUCAGAUCUACUGAUGUCGAAUCAAAACUGGAAGAAGCAUUGAAAAAUAAAGAUAAGGAGCUGUUGGAAUCUUCGGAAAAGAUUGAUGAUCUUAUGGAGCAACUUGAACACACUAACGUGUGUCUUGCUGAGAGAACUCAAACUGUAGAAACUCUAGAGGACAAGCUGGAGCGAUAUGCCAAGAAACUAGCUGACGCUGAAGAGGAAAUUCAGAACGCAGAUGAUAAAUGGAACAAAUGCUCUGCCAACUACUUGGUUCUCCUAAAAGAAAAGGAAGAGUUGCAAAAAUCCUUGGACGAAGAAAUUGCACGCAGUAAAACGAAUGUCAUUUACAAUACUGGAGAAGAACAGGUUUUAGAACUCGAACGAUUGAACAAAGAUCUCUCUCGUGAUGUACGAGAGCUAAAAGACCAAAUUAAAAUUAAGAACGACACACUAGAUGAGCUAAACUCCAAACUGCUGGACAGUGAGAGUGAAAAUUUAUCACUGAAAAACAGAUUAGGCCAAAGUAGCAAUCACACAAAGAUGUUGAGAGAGGAAUUGAAUUCCACCAAAGCAACGCUUAGCGAUAUCACUGAACAAAUAAACAGCUUGAAGCUUGCCGAAGCUGCUAAAGUAGAUACUGCAAACGUUGACAGUCAAACUAGCUUUGUAAGUGACUGUGAAAAAACUGAGAAAGAAAUUACAGUUCAUAUUAAACAAGAAAAGUUCGAUGAUCAUCCAGAUGUACAAACUAACGACAAAGAGGACAAUGAGCAAGACUCUGACUUGCCAUCCAGCAAGGAAACUCCUUCAAUAAGUCAUACUGAAGAAAAUAAUGACACGGCCCGUGAGAAACUAGAACAGCUGAUGAUAGAAUAUAAUGAAUUGAAAACUCAAUGUUUGUAUGAAACUUUGAGAGUAGAAGAACUCAACAAAGAGCUAGAUGAGGUACGGCAGGAGUUGUCUUCGCUGAAAAUUACUGUUGAGGUUAACGAGCAGGAAUUGAAAGAGUGCAAAAAUUCAUUAAAAUCCGUCGCAAACAAGCUUCAGCUCACGGACACAGAAUUGACUAAAGCUAAAAAUGAACUAGAGGAGAGAAUACGGGAAAAAGAAUCCUUGGAGAUUCAAUUCUCCGAGUGCAAAGUAACCGUGGAAAAAUUGCAGAACGAUCUUUCAGAUAGUGAAAGACAGAAUAGAGAUAAAUCCGAGACCUUAGCGGAAUACAACAACCGCCUCAAUAAACAGGAAAAAGAUAUUGCCACUGCCAAGGAGAGAGAUUUGAUCAAAGAGCAGCUUCUCGAUGCGCAUUUCCAAAGGAUUUCCAAAUUAGAAAAAGACUUGGAGCAAGUAGCCAUUCUUGAAAGAAAUAUAGUCGAGAUCAAAGGUCAAUUAAAGACAUGUGAAGAGGAAAAAGCUGAAUUGAAAAAGCAGCUAAGCGAAAAUUGCCAAAAAAUGUUGUUGUUAGAAAAAGACUUACAGGCAUCGAUUAGCCGUGAACAAGAUAAAGAGAAUGAGACUAUAUCCCUGCAAAAAGAAAUGAAAAGUAUGAUUCAAAUGAAUUCGAGUAUCAAUAAGCGGGACGCAGAUAUGGAAAAUGAGGUGAAGAACGCGUUACGAAAAUUGACGGCCACUGAAGCAGCACUGGAUGAGUCACAAGCAGCUUACAAAAGGCUAGAAGAAUCAUCGCAAGAGAAGAUGACUGAAGUUAUGAAAAAGUUUGAAGAAAAAGAAAGGGAAAUGGAAUCAUUUAAGAAGAACAGAAACGAUGCAAUGCAGAGAUAUGAAGCUCUCGUAAAACAGCUUCAGGAAAACGCAAAGAGAGAGAAACGAGAGGUACAGAAGUACCAGGAAUUGUUUUCAAGACAAUCGACACCGACUCCGUAUAAAGAUGAGAUUAGGAAGCUUAAAGAUGAGCUUAGAAGUAAGACCAGUCUCCUCGAGCAAAUGCAGGCAAACUUGAAAAACACGGAUAGUAAGAACGAUGAAAAAGAAAACAUUGUCAACACUUCGGAAGACGAGGCCACAGCUUUCGAAGUUCGUUCGACACGCAGAAGGGGAAGAAAGAACGCACCUACCAAUGCCGAUGACAUUUCUGUCAUUGAUCUUUCCGGAUCAGAAUCAAAGCGAGUAACGAGGCGAACAGCGUUACAACCACCGUCGCCUGUACAAUCUGUCGAAAAAAGAAAGACGAGGAAGAAGAAAUUGUUCGCGCAAGCUGAUGAUAACUGCGUGGAUAUUGAACCUACCGAGAGUACACCCAGACCUAUUCUAAGAUCUCCGCUAUCGGCGACACGAAGUUUAAGAAACAGAAGAAAGUAGUGUACCUGAGGGUGGCUAUUUUAGGAUAGUUUUCGUUAAGUGGCCCAGUCUUUCAUCAUUUUUCCAACGAUAAGUUGUGCCUUUUCAUCCUCCCUUUUUUUCUAAUCUGUAAUUAUUUCUUACACAGACCGGUAACUAGCUAAUCAAUAUUAAUCCUACAUUCCAUGAGAAAUUUAUGGAACGUUACAGAAUAAGGAAACUCCUCCAACUAUGGUCUUGCAUUCUUAACUGAGUUAUUGUGGAAUUAUUGGUGAGGAGGAUUCAGAAAAAUUUUAUGUUUGACAUUUUAUUCAUCAAUUUUCUGAUUACUCAUCUUACUGUGAAGAAAUAUUUACACAAUCUUUAAUACGUGAAGAGACUUAUCAACAUACUAUGUAGGUAUAAUUUUGUAUACAUGGAUGACAAAAAUUACGCCAUAUUAUGAGCAAUGGUUUUAACAAGAAUAAGUGUUUUUAAAAUUUCACUGUGAUUAUAUAUAUAUUAUAUCCGUAUACGCAUCCUUAAUUACUUCUUUCUAUACUUUUGAAGAAGACUUUUAGAGUUUUUACUGGAGUAUAGCCCCAUGGAAAAAGAUGAGCAACAAAAAAAGUUUUCAGUUAUUCGAUGACAGAAUUUUUAGCAUAGUCUCAUUGCGUGGUUGUUUAAUAAUGAUAAUAGCAAUUGUCAUAAUUAAAUUAAAUUCCAAACCAUGCAUUUAAAAUCUGUACAAAACUUGACAUAACUCAUAUUUCAUAGUUAAAUCUUGUAAAAUAUUUCAUUUCGUUAAUAUGACCAUAUAUGUAACUAUGUCUUGUAAUAUACUUUUUCUUUCAUCCUCGGUAAAAUAGAGGUACAG